UCACAAAAAACCCAAGUACAGUUAGAAGUGUAAACUUCCAAGGAACCCCAAGUCAUGGGUUCUAAAUUUGCAGCUAUGCUUUUCAUCUUCAUGAUCUUCAUGGCAAUAUCCUUGCCACCCAUUUAUGCUUGCACUCCUUGCACUAAACCACACCCACCAUCAUACCCUCACCCUCCAACCCGCCCAACCCGCCCAACCCGCCCUAUAGUUCCUCACCCAAAACCACCAACCACGAAGCAUCCACCGCAUCAUAGAGGCCACUCACCUUCCAAGAAACCACCAUUGCCACCAGUAGUGCUACCGCCAAUUAUAAUAAAUCCCCCGCCAGUGAUAACACCACCUAUAACAAACCCUCCUGUGAUAACACCACCACCUUCUUCAAGCUACCCUCCAUAUCCACCUCGUUCUGGUGGUCCUCCAUUUGGCGGAGGUGGUGGUGGUGGAGGAGGAGGAGGUGGUGGAGGAGGAGGAGGCGGUGGUGGAGGUGGAGGUGGCGGAGGUGGCAGCAUUCCAGGGGUUAAUCCUCCUCCAACAACCCAACCAACUUGUCCAAUCAAUGCAUUAAAACUAGGGGCUUGCGUUGAUGUGCUAGGAGGCUUGGUGCACGUUGGAUUAGGGAACCCAGUUGAGAAUGUUUGCUGUCCUGUGCUUAAAGGAUUGCUAGAGCUUGAAGCAGCUAUUUGUCUUUGCACUAGUAUAAGGCUUAAGCUCCUUAACCUCACCAUUUUCAUUCCUCUAGCUCUUCAAGUGCUGAUAACUUGUGGACAGACCCCCCCUCCUGGUUUUGUAUGCCCACCUCUGUGAAAUUAGUGUAGUUGGUCAUUGUAAAAUAAGGUCAUUUCAGGAUUGUGAGGUAAAAUGGUCCUGAAUUGUUCUGUGUUUAGGUUUCUGCA